AUGAGUGAUGGAGAUAGCCCAAAAGAAGUUUUUGAAAAAUUUGUUCAAUUUAUAAAUAACAACUGGAUAACAAGACAAAUAAAAAGAGUUUUUGAGACAUCUAUAGAGUUUAAAGGGUUAUUAACUGAUUUUUACAAUGCAUGUCAAACAGGAAUAAAAAUGUCAAAAGAAGCUGAUAAAGAUAAAAUGAAGUCAAUGAAAACCCAACUAAAAAAAUCACUUGAAAACAUUAGAACGAGAGUAAAUUUAUUUAGGAAUUGGAUGGACAAAACAAGUCUAAAAGAAAAUAUUCAAAACACUGUCACUUCAUUAUCAGACACACUACAUAAAAUGGUAGAAUUUGGAGUUACUAAAACAAAUAAAUUUACAAAGACAACAAAAGAAUGGGUUAAAGAAAAAGUAGGUGAUUUAAAAAAUCAUUUCUAUAACUUACAAAAUAAAUAUUUUUAA